AUGCACCUUCUAUACGCAUUCGUCUCCCUUGCCAGUAGCGCGCCCCUUGAGUAUACCUCCGCCCGGCGGGCCGCUCACGCGACUCGGCUACCGCAUCCUAUCUGUGGAAUCGAUGGCAAUGCAGACUUCUACGGGUUAGGCAUUCGAGUUGGUAUCUACCUACAAUGGAUCUCUUCCCUCCUAGCGAACCGAUACGUACCGGAAGCGAUACGAAACCUUCUCAUCACGAACACUAUCUUUCUUCUCGCCGUAGCCAUCGCUGCUGCUCAGGCCACAGCCACGCGAGACUUACGCAAGGCUGAAUCACUUGCGCUUCAACACCUCUGUUUUGGGUUCCUCUUUACAGUCCUUACCGUAUGGGGCUUCCGAAUCCGCGCAAGGGUCAAGUCGUUAGGCGCAGCCUUCUCCCUAGCAGAGAAAUCGUUUCGUCUGGGCCUCUCGGCUGCGAUUUGCGGGUACGGAGUGUGGUUCUGGUUCGUGGGGAACAACAGCCUGUCCGUCGAAUCCUGCUCGACCGUCACCUUCGUGUUAGGCAAAUACCAGGUUCAAUCCGUUGUUCUGCUCCUGGUGUACGGGUGGUUUGUGGUUCGGCACUGCUUCACCUGGGCCUUGUACGCCGUGAAAUCGCUCCUCAACGCUUUAGUCCCAGCCAUUAUCCUUGCCCUCAUUGACAUGAUUUGGGGCAAUAACAGCAGUCCCCUGUCCACUAUGCUCUUUCGCCGCUGGAGUCAGACGGCACCGCUGCGGUUUUGGCUCACUAUAAACGGUAGGAGCGUCUCGCCUGAGUUCUCGGUGCCUACGAAUAUGCUUGACUUUCCGGUACUCAAUAGCGUCAUUCUAUUCUGCUGGGGUACAGCACAGUUCUGGUCGCUUCUUAUUUUCAAAAAGCCCGUUCCGCCCAAAGAGCCCCCCCUCCUGCGGUUUGAUGUCAAAUGGAUUGAGACCCGGGUCCUACGACUGAAGUCUUUCCAAACGCGUAUUGUCUGGGCCAACGUAUUUGUAACUCUGAAUCUGGCCUGCCUGCUAUGGGGCAUAGCAGCAACGGAGUGUACACUCUACUGGAAUCGAGUAUCCAACGUCUAUUCAGUCACAAGCACUGGGCAGCUCAUUCCUCUAAUCAUUGGCAUCGCCAACUUCAUCCAGAUUACUUACACUAUAAUACUGCAAAAGUCGCAGCCUAUCUUAACCGAUAUGUUGUUGAACGCUUUCGUCAAAUCCCGGGAAGAGCGGAAGGCUGUCGAUGGCGACAAGCUGGAGCAGAACGAUACCGCAGCCACCGCAGCCACCGCUGAAUCGGACAGAUACCCUUUAAAGGGAGGGUUCGAGGCGGUGUUCUGGAAGCAGACUCCGAGUCGGCGCCGGUCCAUCGAUAACCUUAUGCCUACGCCAUACUUACAAACAAUGCGUCUCGGUGUAUCGCCUCCAGACGUGGCAGCCAUGGGUUUCCUAAGGACUAAGGAUACUGCUACCAAGAGAAGGCACUCUCACUCAGGUUCACCCCUUGAACAGUUCGAAAUGUACGACGAUAGUCUACUUGAAAUUAGUCCACCCGAUGACGGUCCACCUGAAACCGCAUCUACGGACCCCGACACAUCCCGGCCCGUCCAGCCUACUGUACUAAGGCAAAGAAGUCGACUCCCCGGAGCCCUGCUUGGGGCAUGUGUCAAAGUCGCCCAAAUGAUCCUCCUUUCCUUCGUCAAGAAAUCCGACGCAUUAGCGAUGGUGAAGAACAUCAUGAAGUUUCCCGAGGACUUUGGGGGCUCAGACAGUGUUUCGGAAACUAAUAUUGAUCAACAUCGACCCGGAAGCAGGGGCGCCAGAAGCUCUAUGAGCACAACCGAAAAUAUAUUCUUGGGUCUGCAUCAAAAUACGUCCCUCAAUCAACACCCGCAUCGGCGUCAAACUGCUUCGCAGAGGACAUCCCAGAACGCGUCUCAAACCUCAUCUGCCCAUCCGUCAUUAAGUCGCCCUCCGCAUCAGCGUCAGACCAGUUCACGGACCACACCUCGAGAUGCGUCGCCAAUCUUAGCUCCCCACCCAUCCCUAGCUACCUCCAUCUCGAGUCCUCCCACCAGCCCUUCUGUCAAGCCCCUUCCUUCACAAAAUUGGGGUCCGCACCUCGCCUACACACCACCCCAUCUCCCAGAACCCUCGACUUAUCCCCGCGGACCCCUCCGCACCCUCCUCCGCCUCCUCGGCACAGCAGCGGGCGCUUCCAUGCCCGAGAGCCCCCAGCUCAGCGCCACAGCGGCCAACUUCUCCGACAUGCUCGCGGAGCUUGGCGACAUAUGGCGCGAGCGGCGCGAAGGGAAGAUUACGCGGGAGGAGCAGGAUGAGCUUUUUGGGGACUGGAUGGAGGAGUUUAGGAGGGAUUACUUGGAGCAGUUUUGGCAUGUAUUUAGUGGGAAUGCGGAGGAUUUGGCGGUUCUUGAGCGAGUGGUGGCUACUGUGCUCGAGAAGGAGUGGGGCGUGAGGGAGGCCAAGGGGAAAUGGAGGGACGCAUAG